GAUAAUAAUACGAAGAUUUGAUUUCUCGUAGGCAGACAGAUAUUUGUUAUUUCCUUUUGAGUUUAUGAUCUCUCUUUCAAUUUUUUUUAUUUAUAUAUUGUUGCGGCUUACAUACAUCUAAUUCGUAUCGAGAAAAGUUUAUAGGUAUAAAUUUGAUCAAUACUGUUCAAAUCACAAGUUACGUAGUUCCUCUAAUUGUAUAAUAAUUUACAAUCAUCAUGACUACCGCUGCUGGAGGCACGUAUAAUUUCAAGGUAGUGCUUCUUGGUGAGGGCUGUGUUGGAAAGACUUCUUUGUUGCUACGUUAUAUCGAAGACAAAUUCAACGACAAACAUCUAACUACGCUUCAGGCAACUUUUUUGAACAAAAAGUUAAAUAUAAAUGGAAAACGUAUAAACCUGUCUAUUUGGGACACAGCUGGUCAAGAAAAGUUCCACGCUUUAGGUCCAAUUUACUACAGGAAUUCAAAUGGCGCUAUUCUUGUCUAUGACAUAACAGAUGAGGACUCAUUUGGAAAGGUCAAAAACUGGGUGAAAGAACUGAAGAAAAUGUUAGGAGCGGAUAUAGUUCUUUUUAUUGCAGGAAAUAAAAUAGAUUUAGAACAUGAGAGAACUGUGUCCUUAGAAGAAGCUGAAAGCUAUGCCAACAUGGUUGGCGCAAAACAUUUUUAUACCUCAGCAAAAUUGAACCAAGGAGUGGAAGACCUCUUUCUUGAUUUAACUCAAGAAAUGGUGGAACGGUCUGAAAAUAAUUCUCAAUCUGAGGGCAAUCGAUCAUCCCGAGUAUUGGUGGUUGAUGAUGAGGUCCCUGUUCAGUCUUCUUGUUGUUCUGGUACAAGGAGUGGUAACUAAAUAUAUUUCAGCAUUUCAUGACUUUCUAAAUACAUAUGAGGUAUUCCACAUUUAUAUGUGAAGUGUUACUGAAAAUGGUAAAAGUUUAUAUGUCGAACAAAAUUGUAUAAUAAGUUAACAUCAAAAACCAAAUUAUUAUUUCAAAUUUUAGGUAGUUGUAUAUACAUACAUAUAUGCAUAUGUUUACUACAUAUACAUAUUUAUACUAUAUUAUUAUUCAUUGGUGAGCACAUCUAUGAAAUUGCCACUGCUAAAAUUAUGAAAUAUGACUACUAUGAAUGUAAGAUAAGGCUGGUGUAUGUAAUUUAUUUCAAUAGCUACUUACUAUAUUAAAAUAUUUGUGACAUCUGCUCAGAGUAGCUUUCUUAAGAAAAUACUAAACUGUUGUAGUUGUUAAUAAGAAAUGUAAAAUAUUAUUUAAGAUUGGCCUUAAGAUAUGAAUGUAUAAAAUGUUAUUGAAAUUACCUAUGCCAGUAUUUUUCGUAAAUGAUGAAUUACAAUUACUGACAUUUAAAUAUAUUAUAUUUCUUAUUGUUUUAUAAUACCAUUAAAAGUGUUUAAUCAAAUAUCCUUCUAUGAUCUGCAUUAAUCACUUCCUAUAAUGUCCUCUGUGUUCUAACCUAAACCUAGAUAUAUUUUUGUGAACUUAAAUAAUUUUAUGUGUUAUCUCUCAUAUUAAAUUUCCUGCCUCUAAACGCCAUACAAUUUUUAUAAAUCAUCAUAUAUGUUAUCUUUGGGCUGAAGAAACCAGGAUAAAAUAAUAUUUUUUUUGUUUGAAAUAGUUUUAGAGCUACAAAUAAUGUGUCAAAAUGAAAAAAUACAUUCCUAUAAAAUAUAUUUAUAUUAGAACAGAUUUUACUAAUAUUAUAAAUGCAAAAGUUUAUUUAUUCCGUGUUUCACCAAGCUCGGUAUUUGAUAUUCCAUAAGUAAAAAUACUAGUUAUUUUCCAUCCAACAUUAUAAAAUAUAACAUGUCGUAAAUUUACUAAAUAUUUUGGAUGUUUGUAGCAUUGAAUAUACUUACACUAUCCAUUCUAUUAGAUUACUAGCUUUUGCUCGCAGCUUCGCCCACAUUUAUUUCGUGCGCUCAUAACUUAUUAUUAUCGACAUCUCGUCUAAGCAACGUGUCGAAAUGAGACAUGCCUAAGUUUUAAGUCAAACCUGCAGUUAUAUAUCUAAGUUUUAAGUCAAACCUGCCGCUACAUAUCUAUAAAAACCGCAUCAAAUUAAGUAUUUGCAUAAUGCGCGAACAUACAUAGGUAUCUACAACAAUUUUAAAUGAACAUUGCUUUGGCUUCUAUUAGAAAUAAAAACCCCCAUAAUUUUCUUUAUAUAUCCUAUUUACAAACAUAACCCAAUUAUGUGAAUGGAUCUUCCGAUUACUGAUGUAUAUAUAUGAUGAUUCAUAUAUUACCUUAUACUAUCAUUACAUUGUAUGAAACAAAGUCGCUUGCCUCUGUCUAUUGUCACUAUGUAUACUUAGAUCUGUAAAACUACGCAACCGAUUUUGAUGUGGGUUUUUCUAAUAGAAAGUCAUUCAAGACGAGGGGGUGACAUGGGAAUGUGUACAACAUGCAUAUUAUUCCACCAAAACUGGGACGGGCCACUGGUUGUUAGACGAAAGAUAAUAAAUGCGUCAGUUUUUCAGACAGACAAAAACCACACCAUGUUCCAUUUUCAUUCAGUCGUUCUUGCACGAUACGCUACUAACAUACCGAUAGAAAAUUUACUGUACUGCGUAUUCUUCAAUACGAUCUUCCUUUACAAUCAACACACAAUUUUGUAGUAAUUUUCUACGGGCUAGGUUUCAAAUCUAACAUUCCUACCAACAUGCAUUUCGAUGAAAUAGCUUUUAUUUUGUAAAUAUCAUAUUCUAUAAUAUUUAUUAGGUAUAAAAUGAAACGAUAUCGAUUAAUUUUAAUAACUUCUAUUCACAACUACUUGUAAAAGAAUUAACAAAUCAAUAACGGUCAAUAACAGGAUACCUAAGUAUUUUGACGAUUUCAACAAUGUUUAACUACUUAUAUUUGUUCAACAAAGGAGAACUAUGCUGUACUGUUUUUCUGUGUUACAAUCGGCAUUCCUCGGUCAAUAAAGAUCUAUGACUACA